AUGCAAAAGGCAAUGAAAAGCGCAGAAUAUAUAAAAGCUAACAAUGACUGGUUAGAUGCCCAAGCCAACGCUAAAGCAGCCCAACUCAUAGGGUCAAUAAGGACAAAAAUACAAGCGGAUGAAGACAGUUCAAAUGAAGCUUUAACGAAUGCUGACUUUAAGAAUGCCUUCGAAGCUCUUCAUAGUAAGGUGAAACAAGUGAACGACUUCUCAUCUGGAAAGAAACUGAAGUCUGAAGGUUUCGACAACGAGUUAAGAGAAGUAGCACAAAAUAUGACGAAAAUAACAGAUGCAGCAACGAGACAGGCAGUUCAAAGUGCCUAUGACGCCGUUAGAGCAACCGUUGUGGAAAGUCAAGAAAAAGAGUUACAACAGACCAAAAAAGACCUAGUAAAUGCUUUCUUAAGAACGAAAAGUCAGGUAGGACAUUAUGCUGCAGAUGGAACAUAUGUGCCAGCUGGUGGAACUUAUAUACCAGCUGGUGGAACUUAUAUACUAGCUAGUGGAACUUAUAUACCACCAAACCCUCCAAGAGAAGCACCUGCACCAGGACUACCUAAAACAUUUACAUCGUCACAUGGACACAGACACAGGCAUGCACCAAAACCAACACAACAACAACAACAACCAGCACAACAACCAACACAACAACCAGCACAGCAACCAACAGUUCAAAACCCUGCACAACAACCAGCACAGCAACCAACAGUUCAAAACCCUGCACAACAACAACCACAAACAGAGCAAGGACAUAAAAGAAGUAGAGAACAAGGAAACCAAGAAUUCUUAAAAAUGCUUAAAGAAGACUAUGGUUACCCAGAUAGUAUUGACUUUAGUGACAGAUAUAAAGAAGCUAUUAGAAAGUUCAAGGAAGGAAAUACUGACCCGAACCUAUUUAGCUUUAUGGCUCAGCACCAAAUGGGAUAUAAUUUCAAACCUGGAAAAUACAAGCUCGCUAAGGGAUAUGAUUUAAUAGCAUAUCAUCCAAAUGACAUGACUGAAUUUACUCCGAGAUAUUUGGUGUCAGAGCUAAAUGAUAAUUCAACUCUCUUCAUGAAACGCGUAAAAAAUAGAGACGGAACGAAAGAAGAAAGGUUUAUGAGUCCGGAUGACUUAGAUAGGGAACUUGUUAAAAACGGUCUCGGAAUAUAUGAAAUGCCAGCAGAUGAG